AGUCUUCCUUAGUUGUUACUUAAGACCCAAGCUAGCACAAGAUUGAAGAGAAACAAUCAUGGCUACCAAAGAUGUUGAUGAUGUUAUUCAUGAUUUAACGGCUCUCUUCUCUUCUGAUGAGAGGGAUUUUCUCAUCCGCAACAAUGGUGACCAGGUUAACAUUAGUAGCUUGAAUGGGAAGAUUGUUGGAUUGUAUUUUUCUGGAUCAUGGUUUGGUCCGAGCUAUCGUUUUACUCCUAAAUUAGUGGAACUCUACAACGAGGUUGCUUCGAAAGAAGAGUUUGAACUAGUGUUUGUGUCUUCUGAUCGAGAUGAGGAGUCAUUUAAUGGAUACUUCUCUGAAAUGCCAUGGCUUGCAAUCCCCUUUUCUGAUACUGACACCAUAGACAGAUUGAAUGAUUCUUUUGACAUCAUGGGGAUUCCUGACCUAAUCAUUAUUGAUUCAGAUGGGAAGAUUUUGACAGAGAAUGGGAUCUCGGUUGUGUUGGCAUAUGGUGUUGAUGCAUACCCUUUCUCUCGUGAAAGAAUUGAAUUUUUGAAAGAACAAGAAGAAGAAGCUAAGAUGAACCAAACUUUGAGUUCUAUUCUAGUAUCUAGCUCCCGAAAUUAUCUGCUUUCAAAAGAUGGGAAACAGGUUCCUGCCUCUGAGCUUGAAGGUAAAACAGUUGGACUCUUGUUCUUGAGUUCUCAAGAACCAUGUGUUGAAUUUGUUGAACCACGUGCUGAAUUUUCUAAACCAUGUGUUGAAUUCACUAAUACACUUGUGGAGAUUUACAAUAAGCUCAAGAAUAAAGGUGAGAAGUUUGAAGUUGUGUUAAUAUCUCUGAAUUUUGAAGAGGAAGAAUUCAAGAAAGGAUUGGAAAUAAUUCCAUGGUUGGCCUUGCCAUAUAAGGAUAGUACCACUGUGAAACUUGCUUGUUACUUUGAUGUUACAACUCUUCCUACACUAGUUAUAAUAGGUCCAGAUGGUAAGACUGUGAACUCCAAUGUAGUUGAAAUGGUUGAAGAGUUUGGCAUCGAUGCUUACCCUUUUACACAAGAGAGGCUUGAUGUGCUUGCUGAGAUUGAGAAAGCGAAACUGGAAUCACAAACACUGCAGUCGUUAUUGGUUUCUAGUGAUGAUGAUGAUUUUGUAAUCGACAAAAAUGGUUCCAAGGUUCUUGUUUCUGAGCUUGAAGGUAAAACAGUUGGACUAUUAUUCUCAGUAAGUUCUCAUGAACCAUGUGUUGAAUUUACUAAUACACUUGUUGAGGUUUACAAUAAGCUCAAGGAUAUAGGUGAGAAGUUUGAAGUUGUGUUAAUAUCUCUGAAUUAUGAAGAGGAUGAGUUCAAGAAAGGAUUGGAAACAAUUCCAUGGUUGGUCUUGCCAAACAAGGAUAAGAUCAUGACUAAGAAACUAGUGCGUUACUUUGAUGUUUUAAACCUUCCUACACUAGUUAUUCUAGGUCCGGAUGGGAAGACUGUGAACUCAAAUGUAGUUGAAAUGGUUGAAGAACAUGGAAUUGAUGCCUACCCUUUUACACAAGAGAAGAUUUAUGCUCUUGCUGAGAUUGAGAAAGCAAAACAGGAAUCACAAACACUAGAGUCAUUAUUGGUUUCUAGAGAUGAUAAUUUUGUAAUUGGCAAGAAUGGUUCCAAGGUACCAAUUUCUAAACUAGUUGGAAAGAACAUUGUUCUCUAUUUCUCAGCUCAUUGGUGUCCACCAUGUCGUGGAUUCACACCUAAGCUUAUCAAGACAUACAAUGACAUCAAAAAGAAAGAUGAUGCAUUUGAAGUAAUCUUCAUCUCUAGCGAUUCUGAUCAAUCCUCAUUCGAGGAAUACUUCUCCAUCAUGCCUUGGUUAGCCCUUCCAUACGGAGAUUCAAGGAAGAAACUUUUGAGUCGAACAUUCAAAAUCGAGGGCAUUCCAACAGCAGUAGCCAUUGGCCCUUCUGGUCGAACAGUGACAAAAGAUGUGGUGGAACUCGUAAGGAAUCAUGGGACAAAUGCUUAUCCAUUUACUGAAGAGCAGUUAAAACAUUGUGAGGAACAAGAAGAAGAAAUAGUAAAGGGGUGGCCUGAGAAAUUAAAACAUCAUCUUCAUGCUGAACAUGAGCUUAAGCUUACUCGUCGUGCAGGAUAUUGUUGUGAUGAAUGUGAAGAAAUUGGAAAGGGAUGGUCAUUCUACUGCGAGGAAUGUGACUUUGAUCUUCACCCAAAAUGUGCUUUGGAGAAGGUAGAAGAAGAGGGUCAAAAUGGUGAUGAUGUUCAGAAUGGAAAAGAAGGGAUUGUUUGUGAAGGUGAUGUGUGCCGCCGAGUUUGAGAAAUAGUUUACAAAACUAAGCUCCGUAUGUUGUCAUCUGAUUAUUUUACAUUACAAAAUGUUGCUUGUAAUUCCAUUAUAUGUAUGCAAAUAAAUAUGUUAAUUUCUGAUAAUAUUUAAGUUGUAUAGUUUCAGAAAAGUCUUAAACCAAAACUAAU